UCGCUGUGGGUGUUGCUCCACGACUGCGCUGCGGUGAGUGCUGGUGUACAGUCAGUCGGUGCUGUACUGUGCUGUAGCUGCCUGAGUGAAGGAAGAGGGCCUGGCGGAGGGGUUUAUAACGCGCGUGGUACCCUGGUGUCUUGGGAGGAAAAUUAACAACGACACGAAUUGAAUCGACAGAUGAACAGAGCGCAUCUCGCCAUCGAGAGGAGAACUCAUUUAUCACAACUACGAAGCCUAUAUAUGAGAAGAAAGGAAUAAGGAAACCAAAGCAGAGAAGCAGGCGCAAUGGCAAGCACCACCAUCUCCGACAUCACCGCAGUGCGCCUCGUGCGCCGCAAGUACCGCUGGCCCGCCGCGCAGCUCAAUUUCUGGCUCUUCAUCGUGCUCGUCUCCUCCAGCAGCGUGCUGGGGAUCUUUGCGAGUUUCAGCUCUGUGCAGUCGCAGCUUGGUGUUGGGACACCUUGGUACUUCACCUACAACAUCACCAUCGGCGCCCUCGGCCUCUCCUUCUUCAUCCUCUUAUUGUAUCUCAUCAACGCGCGCGCCCUCCUCCCUGGCAUCGUAAUCCUCGGCUCCUUCAUCCUCUUCGUGCUCUGGAUCGUCGGGCUGAUCGUCAUAAGCCUCGAACUCUGGGGCCCCCAAGGCGAUGUGAACGGCAACUGCGCAUUGUAUGUCGGAGGGCAGGAGAGUAGGGGACAGGGACAGGAGACGCUGGCGUGGUUGAUGCAGGAUACGAUUUGUCAGUGUUGGAAGGCGGGGUGGGCGUUCUUGUUGGUGGGGACGGCGUUUUGGUUUUGGAUGAUGGUUAUGAGUUAUCAGGUUUAUAAGGAUGAUUAGGGUGUGGAUGGGAGAGGUGGGGUUGAGAGGGGGGGGUGUUGUGGAGGAUGACGGUUGAAAAGGGACGAGGGAGGCGGAUGGACGGGUCAUUUCAUGCAUUUCGAAGCGCGGGGAAUAUGGAGCUGGGAUGGAGGGUGUAUAUCGGAACGACUUGGGUCUGGCUGUGUGGGUGGGGAAAGGCGCAUGGGUUGCUAGGUGUUGGGUUGGGAUAUGAUAUCUGUACGGGUUAGGAAAGGAGGGAUAUAGAAAACUCUCCCGGCUGGGUAUUGAUAUAGUUUAAACCCAAGGCAUCUGGGUAUGGCAGGUGGGCUUUUGUCAAACGGUACUUGAUUAAUUUUCUCACAUAUCCGUAGACGAAC